CUAGUGUAGGGAAUGAUACUCUCCGUUGAACUUCCCGAGUUGUCGCAGCAAUAAUCGCCGCGUGGCAAUAUCAAGACCUCGCCGUGGUAAGGGAAAAGGAAAAAGAAUAAAACGAAAACAAAAAUAAUUUCCGCCAAUGGCUUGGCAAAUGCAGUGCACUGCUUCACCACCACUGGCUUCACCUCCGCCCUUUACACGGAAAUGUUUGCCUCCCCGUUCUCUGUUUUUUACUCUCUCUGCCACUUGCUCUUCACGUUUCCGCCCUACUCACAUGCCGUCCCUUAGGUCCGUCACUUGCUCCCUAUCGGCCGUCGAAUCUCCCACCUCGACGGACGGUCUCAAUGAUUCCAAGACCCCUCUUCUCGAAGUCAAAGGUUUGACUGCCGUGAUUGCUGAGACGAAACAGGAAAUCCUCAAAGGCGUUAACCUCGUCGUAAACCAAGGAGAGAUUCAUGCUAUAAUGGGAAAGAAUGGCUCCGGGAAGAGUACAUUUUCUAAGGUUCUUGUUGGGCAUCCUGAUUAUGAGGUGACCGGAGGCAGUGUUGUGUUUAAAGGGGAGAAUUUGCUUGACAUGGAGCCAGAGGAAAGGUCUCUUGCCGGGCUUUUCAUGAGUUUCCAGGCUCCAGUUGAGAUCCCAGGUGUCAACAAUAUUGACUUCUUGCACAUGGCCUACAAUGCUCGAAGGAAAAAACUUGGUGAGCCGGAGCUUGGUCCACUUGAGUUCUAUGCUUAUAUAUAUCCUAAACUUGAUGUUGUGAACAUGAAGACUGAUUUCCUUAACAGAAAUGUCAAUGAAGGAUUUAGUGGAGGUGAAAGAAAGCGCAAUGAGAUUUUACAGCUUGCGGUUCUGGGGGCAGACUUGGCUAUACUAGAUGAAAUAGACUCUGGCUUAGAUGUUGAUGCCCUUCGAGAUGUAGCAAAAGCAGUGAAUGGGCUUUUGACUCCGAAGAACUCCGUUUUGAUGAUCACUCAUUAUCGACGGCUUUUGGAGGUUAUAAAACCAACAUGCAUCCAUAUUAUGGAGGAUGGAAGAAUCAUAAAAACAGGAGAUAGCUCCUUGGCCAAAGUUCUUGAGGAGAAAGGCUAUACUGCAAUUUCUGCUGAAUAGCAUACUAUCGUUAAUUGCCUCUGCUCCACAGUGUUUUACAUCAGCAAUUGGGAAGGAAUCCAUGGCAGAAUAUCUCUCCACUGAAUCAGGUUCCAACAUCAUCGUAAGGGAGCAUGGAGCCUUAGGUGCCUGCAAUGGUGCCUCGUAGGGUUUUGGUUUCCAUAUUUAACCUCUUGCUUUGGCAUGUAAAUUUGAGGGUUUCCCGCCCUUUUCCCUCAUUGGGAUGUGGUGUUAGGAUUUUCAGAAAGACACAACUUUAUUUCUAUAUGAGUACUGUGGGGUGUUGACCAUAUCUAUGGUCGAUGCUUUACCAGGUCUGAUCUAUUUUUCAGCUGAAAGUCGGGUCUGGAAAUAAUAACUGUAAUCUGACUGUAUUUGAUUAA